GGCUGGUCGGCGCAGCUGUGUGUGUGUGUGUAUCUUUCUGAGUUUGGUGCCGGAGCGAGCGGGGGAAACAGCGGCUGCUGCUGCGAGUUCGGCUUGGCAGGAGCCAUGGCAGCUGCCUUAGGCGUCGCCAGGGCUCAGCGAGCGCGCCGGUGUCUGCUGCUGCAGCUGCCAGGGGCCUUCCGAGCCCCGCUUGGCCGUGGCUGCCGCUCUGGGGUGCCGGCGCGGCAGCAGCAGGCACUCGCGGUGCCUUCAGCCUCUGCGGAGGAAAUUACAAGUGCAAGAAGAAAAGGAUUCCUAGCUGAACACGCUGCCCCAUUCUCUGCGUUCUUGACUGAUGGCUUUGGUCGCCAGCAUAACUACUUAAGGAUCUCCUUGACUGAGAAAUGCAACCUCAGGUGUCAGUACUGUAUGCCAGAGGAGGGAGUUCAGCUCACUCCGAAAUCUGAACUGCUGAGCACCCAGGAGAUAAUCACCCUCGCUAGGCUCUUUGUGAAGGAAGGUGUGGACAAGAUCCGAUUGACCGGAGGAGAGCCUCUCAUUCGGCCUGAUGUGAUUGACAUCAUAGCUCAGAUGCGCAAACUAGAAGGGUUGCAAACCAUUGCUGUCACGACCAAUGGUAUUAACUUGGCCAGAUUGUUGCCCCGGUUAAAGGAGGCUGGCCUGAAUGCCAUUAACAUCAGUUUGGACACCUUGGUCCCAGCAAAAUUUGAAUUCAUUGUCCGUCGAAAAGGUUUCCAUAAAGUAAUGGAGGGGAUCCAAAAAGCCACUGAACUUGGGUAUGAUCCUGUUAAGGUGAACUGUGUAGUUAUGAGAGGUCUUAAUGAAGAUGAGCUGGUAGAUUUUGUGGCUCUGACAGAGAAGCAGCCCCUGGAUGUGCGCUUCAUAGAAUACAUGCCCUUUGAUGGUGAUGAACUUCAGGAAAAUGUGAGCUAUAAGGAGAUGCUCGAUACAAUCAAGCAGAGGUGGCCAGGACUGGAAAAAGUGCCUUGUGAAGAAGCCUCUAGCACUGCUAAGGCAUAUAAGGUGCCGCAUUUUCAGGGACAGGUCAGCUUCAUCACCUCAAUGUCUGAACACUUCUGUGGAUCCUGCAAUCGACUGAGGAUCACAGCUGAUGGAAACUUGAAGGUAGGAGCAUGAUGUGUGCCUUUUGGAAAUGCAGAAGUGUCCUUGCGAGAUCACUUACGAUCUAACGCCACAGAAGAAGAAUUGGUUCAAAUCAUUGGGGCAGCUGUUGGCAGGAAAAAGAAACAACAUGCAGGCAUGUUCAACAUUUCCCAGAUGAAGAACAGGCCAAUGAUCCUCAUUGGUGGGUGACCAAUCAAGGCAGCAUCAUGGUCGUUCCCACUGCUCCAAGAUGCCCUGCAGGACCGAACUUGUUUAAAUGACGGGAGCCACAGAACUGGCCAC